AUGGAUAGAGGGUGUUUGCUUGCAAUGCAGGGGGAGGGGAUGUUUGGUGAGGACUAUCAGGUGUUCAUAUCUGAUGGGCGGGCUGUCGGCCAGGUGUUGGUGCUGGGACACAGGGAUCCUGCUGCAGGAGCCAACGCCGGGGGGGCCUGUUUUCCGAAACAAGAUCCCGAGCGUGGUGGCAGUCACAUGAUCUCGACAGAUGAUCUGGAAUAUCCACGAGAGUACCGGACGCUGGGGAACAGCGCUCGGCGGUUCUCCAAUGUGGGCCUGGUGCACACGUCGGAGCACCGCCACACCGUCAGCGCUGCUCAGAGUCUGGAGGCCCUGACAAACCUGCACAAGGUUGACAUGGAACGCAAGAGGGACGCCUUCAUGGAUCACCUGAAGAGCAAGUACCAGCAGCAGCAGCAGCAGCUGCAGCAUCCGCACCACAGCCCACACCACAACCCACCAUCACCCUCACCCUCCCACGCCAGCAUGAGGGGCACCUCAGAGCGGUCUGCACGAGAACAGCAACAGCCCAACUACUGGAGCUUUAAGAGCCGCAGUCCAAGGCAUUCCCAGUCUACCCAGUCUGGGCUUGCCGACCAGGCAGCCAAGCUCUCCUUUGCCUCCGCUGAAUCUUUGGAGACCAUGUCAGAGGCCGACAUCCCCAUCGGAUUCAACCGGAUGAACCGAUUUCGACAGAGUCUGCCAUUGUCCCGCUCUGCCAGCCAGAAUAAGCUACGAUCUCCAGAUGAAUAUUCAGGCGUGCUGUUCCUGCAGUACGGAGAUGAGACACGCCGAGUGCACAUAACCCAUGAGCUGAGCAGCCUGGACACGCUGCACGCCCUCAUCGUGCACAUGUUCCCUCAGAAGUUGACAGCAGGUAUGCUAAAGUCAUCCAACACAGCCAUUUUGAUCAAGGAUGAGGCACGCAACGUCUUCUAUGAGCUGGAGGACGUCCGGGACAUCCAGGACCGCAGUAUCAUCAAGAUUUUCCGCAAAGAGCCCAUCUACGCCUCCUACCCUGCUGCUCCACACCUGGCUAACGGAGACCUGAGGAGGGAGAUGGUGUACUCCUCUCGUGACUCCUCUCCAACUCGCCGUCUCAACACCCUCCCCACCUCUACAGCUUCAGCAUCUUCUGGUUCUCCAUCCCGUUCACGUCUCUCCUACAGCGGGGGUCGUCCUCCAUCUUUCGCUGGGGGGUCCCAUCCCCAGCAUGAACAGCCCAGACAUCCCCACCAUCCUUCAGCCGGCCACGGAGUCAAUGCAGGCCUGUCUCCUUCACCCAGCGCCAUCCUAGAGCGUCGCGACGUCAAGCCUGACGAAGAGGUUUCUGCAAAAAAUAUGGCACUGAUGAAGAAUGAGGGGCUAUAUGCAGAUCCUUACAGCUUGAUGCACGAGGGCCGUCUCAGCAUUGCCUCCACACAGUCAUUAGCUGCUAUCGGAGACCCCUUUAGCUUCCCUGUUUCAACUGGCCUAUACCGCCGUGGCUCUGUGAGAUCCCUUAGCACAUAUUCAGCAGCUGCUCUUCAGGGGGAUCUAGAGGACUCUCUCUACAAGCCUGGAGGUUCACUCUACUCUGACACAUAUUCCUCAGCCACACUGGGCAUGGGUUUUCGCAUGCCGCCCUCAUCCCCACAGAAAAUCCCUGACAUGCAGCUGAGGGACAGGGACUCAUAUUCCAGCUCACCCAGCAGAGCCUCACCGGUCAGGCAGACCUUCCGCAAGGACUCAGCCUCCUCUGUGUUUGUGGAGAGCCCAAAGUCAAGGCCCAGCUCCAGCUCAGAGCCUCUUUGUCUGACAGCUGGGCCUGGGGAGGGUGGCAGGGCCACACCUGGUUUUGGUUCUUCAAUAUCUGGAGCUGACCCUGACAGUAGCAGGGACCAUCGUCUGGAGCGUAUGGAGGCCAUGGAGAAGCAAAUAGCCAGCCUGACAGGCCUGGUCCAGAGUGUGCUGACCAGAGCACCAGACAGUGACAGCACAUGUGGCCUGCUGCGUCUCUGCAUGAUGGCGGGCUGCCCUCCAGACCAAGGGACGGAGUUCUCACGGCCAUUACCUUUCUCUUCCAGCGAGAAGACCGAAACCAACAGCGACGGCUCCGCCACUGGAACUGGACGAUCAAAGAAGAAAGCUCAUACACCGUCGGCACCUCUAGCUCUGAUGCCGCCGCCACCUUCUAACACAACCCCGGUGAACAGCGUCAACCGCUUGCAGAUGCAUCUCCACCUGCACGGUCUGCAGCAGAACGCCACCGACCUGCGCAAACAGCUCUCCCAGCUGCGCAAGAUACAGAUGGACAACCAAGAUUCGGUGCGAACUCUGUUGAAACGGGCAGAAGCAGAGUUGAACGUGCGCGUGGCUGAUGCUCUAAGGAAGCAGGAGGAUCCUCUGCAGAGACAGCGCCUCCUGGUGGAGGAGGAGAGACUCAAGUACCUUAAUGAGGAGGAACUCAUCAUCCAGCAGCUCCACGACCUGGAGAAGUCAGUGGAGGAGAUCCAGAAGGAGUCGUCUGUCAACCACAAGCUGGUGACAGUGCAGGAGCUGGAGGAAAAGGCCACCGUUCUGAGAAAACUGGGAGAAACACUCACAGAGCUGAAAAAUCAAUUCCCGGGCCUGCAGAGUAAAAUGCGGGUGGUGCUCAGGGUGGAAGUGGAAGCCGUCAAAUUCCUGAAAGAAGAGCCUCACAGACUCGAUGCCCUGUUAAAACGCUGCAAGACUAUAACAGACACCCUCGCAACCAUGCGCAAGCAAGCGAAUGAAGGCGUGUGGAAGAAGCAGGAGGACUUUUCUAGUCCUUCUUUAAAGCACAACGAGGAUUUGCGAAAGUUUUCAGACUUUGACAUCCCCACCAGCACACCCCUCACCAUCAAUGACCUUGGUGGAGGAAACAGCCUGUCCAACUGGAGCCCCCACACCAGCCUCAGCCGUAGCCAUGGGAACCCGUCCGGCCCUCACAAGGACAAUCACCCCCCUGUUCCCCACAAAGGCAAAGCCCUGGAGGAGCUCGAACGACGUGCUGCUGCUGACAAAGCUUUGUCCGUGGAAGUACGACUGGCAGCAGAGCGGGACUGGGAGGAGAAGCGAGCAAGUUUGACCCAGUACAGCGCCCAGGAUAUCAACCGACUGCUGCAGGAGACCCAGGCUGAGCUAAUGAAGGCUAUUCCAGACCUGGACUUUGCUGCCAAACAGAUCAAGCCCUCUUCCAACACACCAUCCUCCCAGAACCUCCAGAGUGGGGUGGGAGCCUCAGAGCACCGUGUCCACAAGCCCCAGCACAAGCUUUCUGGGAAAGAGGGAGGAUCCAGGCGUGGCUCUGAUGAGCUUACAGUGCCUCGAUAUCGCACAGAGAAACCCUCCAAGUCUCCUCCUCCUCCACCACCUAGACGCAGUUUCCCGUCUUCUCCAGGCCUUACCACCCGUAGCGGAGAGACCCUUGUUCCCGGUAAAAGCAUAAAGAAGACUGACUCUGAAGAGGUUGAAAGCCAGAAGCCUCACAUAAAACUGAGGAGGACAGUGUCCGAAAACCCUCGUCCUGCAUCAACACCUCCCACACUAGCAUCUGGGGACAAGGAAGAAGGAGAGGCGGAGAAAAUUGCUGCCGAAUUGGAGGGAAGGCGCUUGUCUCCUGUCCCCCACAUUGUGUUGACAGAGUGUUUGCCAGUUUCACCCACUGCCUCAGAGGAGCCUGUCAGAGAUACCGCAAAUUACUCUGCAGAUGAGAGUCCAUCACAAGACUGGACAGGAAGGCAGUCAUUUGGAAGGGCUCCUCAAAAGGAGUUGAGGUCCCAGCAUUGUUUUGAGGAGGAAAUAGAAUUUAAAAAAGAAUUGGCCCUGCUGUUGACAGAACUGGAGGUGAGAGUGUUGUCUCCCCUUGAGGCUGAGGAGCUCAGCAAGACUAUGGGAGGAAUUCUGCAGACUCUGACCAUCUCACCACACACUCAAGAAGUCUCUGAAGUCCAACUGAGCGACAGGCCGCUCCUAGUGUGCUUCAGGGAGGAAAAAACAGUGAGAGAGGCCUAUAGGCUGCUGCAUUCCCUUUUGGAGUCGUCUAAGCCGGUGCUGAAACCCAGAAUAAAAUCCUCCUUCCAUCUGAGCCAGCAGAGCUCUCUGGUGAAGGUUCUGAGGAGAGGGAUCGAGACAGGGGACAGGAUACUGACACUACAGCAUGACACUGAGAUUAAGAUCAUUCCCGAGGCAGAAGAUGUUCGACGUAACACCUAUAUGAGGCUGAAUAGUUUGGAGGAGACCAUUCGUGAGCUGGAAAACACUUUGAUAGAGAUCAGUGGCCAUCCCACAUCAGAGCAGCUCUACAAUGAGUCAUUCUCCAAAAGCUCUCCUGUACAGAUUACUGGCAGUCCAACAUCAGAGACACAGAAGCCGCCAGUCCCACCCAAGCCAUCCUCUCUGAGCCCAGCAUCGAUCCAGGGAGGGAAUAGUUCCAGUGUUGGUAAGAUUGCCCACUCCUCAGCUGCCUCCAAACUGAAGCACCUGCAGCAGAACAGCACAGACAAGUAUAAAAGUGGCAAAAAAGAGGACUUCCUGAAGAUCCAGGGCCAGCAGCAGACCUCGAGGACCAACAGCUUCAGUGGCAGUAUUGAGCCAUACCUCUCUGGUAUCAAAACAGGCAUUUUCUCAGGCCGGGUGCCCUCUCCUGCAGCAGCAUUUGCCCCUGGCCUGAGGAAGUACCCCCAGGAUGGGGCAAAACCCUCCCUGACUACCUCCCCCAGCCAAGCAAAGGCCCUGUUGGCAAGCCUGUCUGCCUCUGGCUUGAGCGCAGAGGCCCUGCUCCUCUCCUCUACCCUCCGUCAUCACCGGCUUCUACGUGAGCAGCGAGCUUCCUCCUUGCCCUUGCCCAGCAGCGAGUCCUCCUCUCCUACUCCCACUGCUACCUCUUCCUCUUCCUCUUCACCCACCACCCCUACUUCUUCCCUGUCUCCCUCUUCUCCAACUCCUUUGAGUCCCCUCACCCUCUCCUCUGUGGUUAAUAAGCCCAAUGGUCGUAGCCUUGAUAACUCCAGCCUCAACAGCUGCAAGGAGGGUGGCAGUGAGCCUGUGAAUAAAGACGUCCCCCCUGGCAACUCUAAGUGA